GCAGCGGGUGUCUUUAUUCAAUGCAUGAUCCAUCGCGAGACUUCCCUCUCCCGCAUAGCCCCUCGGACGGUACCCUUGGUUGCCUUCUCCUCCCAACUGCCUAGGCGUCGCACACUCUCGUGCACUGCACUCGUACGAGGCAUCAACAGUAUCACCAGAAUCAAAAGCUCGCCGCGAAGGCAACUACCCUAAGCGACUCCCUCGUCUUCUACCUCUGCGCAUCAUGGAGAGCCAUCGGCGCAGGCUCAUGGAGAAGGAUGCUGAGCGUACGGGAGGCGAUAUCCAGGCUCCGCCAGUACGGGACCGUCCGCGAGCUCAGAGCGAAGCAGCGGUACCGAGAAGUACACCUCUUCCCCGGAGAGACCAAUCCCGUCGCGCGGAGCCUGUGCCGACCACUCCAUUGUUGGACGCUCAUCCCUCGAACAUCGGGUCUGCAGGUAAUCCUAGCACUCAGACGGCUGUUCUUCCUAGUCCGGACUCCAUACCACCUCCAGCCUUACCUCACCCUCCAAUCAGCUCGAAAGGCUGGUCCAUCUCGGGCCUGCAGCGGCAGAACAGCAACUUCCAGGAUGUCCCUCGGGUCUCGUGGAAAGACGACUCGUGGAUCACGAAGGCCGAAGAGUACGAACGCCAAGGCAUGCCGCUCAUCGUCGAGGAUUGGCACACUCACCCGAAAUGGUGCGCUGGAUUCGACGCCGACCGGCUCGUAAUUAAUGACGGGGACAGUGUUCUGUCGGCGCGUAACGUUCAGGACUACAAGGAUAUAGAUAUGACACUUGCCGACUUCAUUGAUCACUCCCGCACGGCGACGCGGUCCGCAUCAAAAGACCCGCCUUUGUACGCCAAGGACGUCGACUGUCCUCAGGCAUGGCGAGAAUGGCUAUUCUCUGGCGUCCUCCCAAAAGGCAUACAGCCAGGUGGAACCGAAGACCUACUGGGACAUCUUCCCGUCCUUGUGGGUAACAUCUUGCUUCGACCGUCGGUCUCAACUCAUCUCCUUCAGGGACGAGUUGAGACGAUCAUGUGUUACUAUGGGAUCGGCGACACCUUCACGCCCUGCCAUAAGGAUCUUUGUGGGUCCACGGGCCAUAAUCUCAUGUGCCACACGGAGAAUGGCAGCUCCUUCUGGUUCAUGACCUCCUCGGAUGUUGCCCCAGAGGCCGCGACGUACUUCCAGGAAGAGCUCGGAAAGGAAUUGGACUGGGAGAAUCAUGCUACGACACUCGACGAGCUCGGGAAUGCACCCUUCACCAUAUACAUAGCCGAGCAGAAAUUGGGUGAUCUAAUCAUCAUUCCGCCGAGAAGUUGUCAUCAAGUCGUCAACCAGGGUGGUCUUACAAUGAAGCUCUCGUGGUCGAGGAUGACAGCCAAGGGCUUGACGACGGCGUUACUGUAUGAGCUGCCUAUCUAUCGGCGGGUUUGCCGACCAGAGAUAUAUCGUACGAAAUCCGUUCUGCACCACUCGCUCCGCCACUACACCGAGGAGCUGGCCGGGUAUUCACGAUUAGAGGCCCGCCGGAUGACCAAAGAGGCCACCGUUCUUGACUCAUUGGUCUCCCUCUUCGAUGGCGUGGUCCGUGAGGAGUAUGGCGAGCCGACUGACGACAAGAGCGAUGAUCACGAAGCUACAAUGAGGGACAUAUCCGGUCGCAACGCCAAAUCGCAGCGACGUCUUUCAUCGUCGUCCUCCUUACGCGCCAGGGGAAAGGACGACAAGGACGAGUCUUGUACGUUUGCAUGCGACUUCUGCGGAGCCGAUAUUUUCCAGAGCUACUUCAAGUGUGACCAGUGCUGUAUGCCGCCUGCUGCUGGUAUGCAGCAUGAAGGCGAUUCCCUCGUGAUAUGCCCCAGUUGCUACGUCGAAGGGAGGUCCUGCCGAUGCACCAACAUGACACCUACACAGCGCUGCAAGACACAAAGUCUCCUCGACGAUCGGAACAAGGCUGUGCACGUACUCCAACAAUUGGGCUUAGGCGAAGAUUCGCGUAUAACUGUUCUUACCCAGAAGGAUCUGAAAAACGGUGACGAUGUCUGUGUCUUCCAGGCCGCAUGUGCCCUGCGCACACGUCGAGCCCAGUCUCUGAGCAAGCUGGAUGAGCGUCGAACCUGUCACUUCAGUCACAUUUCGCAUCAGCUUCCGUACCUAUCGACGAUCUACUGCCACGGUUGUCACCACUCAUGGUGUCUGACACACCUCCUAGAAUCAGGCAUACAUGCAUCGGAGGCAUUCCUCGCACUCCCCAAGGAACUGGGAAAGGCGGACAACGGCCAGUGGCAUCAGGUUCACGGCCGGGCAAAGCUGAACUUCGGUAACAUCAAACCAGCCUUGACCAGUGUUGAGAAGACCGGGACCUUCGCGCCGGAAGCGGCCAAACUUGGUGCGAGGCUCGUGCUGGCUGCGCUGAGAUUCAGGAACUGCAGGGCUGUGAACAGCAUGUUCACGGUCCCCGGCUUCUAUGAUCAUGAUGUGUCAAUCAGAGAGUCCGAUGUGGCUGCGCCCGUUGACGACCCUCAAGUGAACACAAGACAAGACUCUGCAAUGACGGUCAGCCGCUCGCAAAUGCCCAUUUCGGCGGCUCUGCGUGUACGCUCGCCCGGGCCUGGUGCCCAGGACUCUCCCGAAAUGUUGUUUGCACACGCCGAGAGCCCCAUGCCCGACGACGUUGUCAUGUCAGACGAACAGGCUGUCCAGGCAUCCGGCGCCAACGUUCGACCUGACGCGCCCAUGGGGAUGCCCACAGGCGCUCCAAGUGAACGUCCGCGGACAACGAACUUGAAAAUUCCUUACGUCCUCAUACCCCCUGGGCCUUCUGAGCUAGCUAAGAGGAAGAGGGCUCCAGCUGAGGUGACCCAGCUGCCGCCAAAGCGAAGGCGGACAGAGGUAGUCAGACCUCGAGGCAAGAGUCCUAAUCCCGACUACGUUGACGAUGACUACGGGGGAGCCCUUGUCAACGUUAUGCAGUCAGCAUACAACCAGCCACAGCAAGAAGUACCGUCAAGGCGCCGGCGGGCGAUACGACGAGUCCAAUCCCCAGUAUCUGAACCCGACGACCCGAUACCCCGAGGCAGACACGGCAACCCGCUGGUAUCUCGCCCUCGGCCCUCACAAAUCAAGCCUUCACCGACAACAGAUAUUCAGCGUCAUCGUGAGAUGGUCGCCUCCAGCUCGAAGGUGUCCAAGUCCAAGCCUCGACGACAAGGGUAUCCGGGACCGUCCAUCGCUGCAUCAUCGCAACCACGGACCAGUGUUGCUGUCGACCUCGCUGCACAGUCGUCUGACGCAGACACUACCAACAAGCCUGUGCUGAUCCGUGCACCCCGGGGUAAACCUCCUGGGAGGCCAGCCAGCUGCGAUGUUCCGCCUGCGACGAGUCAUGCGCCACGGCCUAAAUUCGCGAGGAAUACACCUCGAGAACCUGGCCAGGUUGGUAGCACCGGUGCUGAUGCUGUCUCAGAUCUACAGAGACAGUUACAGCAAUCCGAGACCAGGCGACUGAAAGCUGAAGCUGAGAAGGGCCUCGUUGAGAAUAACUUGGCGAUGGUGACAGAAGAUCUGAAGGCCAUACAGACAGUAUACAAGAGAUCGAGGGAGGAUCAAUUGGAGCAACGUGGAGUGGCUUCCCACUACAAAUUGCUUCACGAGCAUUCAGAGCGGGAGCUUAGGGACGCAAAGGACGCCUUAAGGGCCAAGGACCAGCAAAGUGCGGAACAGACAAAGCAAAGUGCGGAACAGACAAAGCAAAUUGCGGACCAGACAAAACAAAUUGCGGACCAGACAAAACAAAUUGCGGACCAGACGAAGCAGCUGCAUGACUACCAAGAGGGAUUGCAAUAUUUAGCGAACCAGCUAGAAACCCACUUGCGUUCUGGCGUAGAUUUUCAGCGCCAUGUAGCCGUUCCCCAGGAUCUGCGACUCGGACCUAUCGUCGUCAACAACAUUCGACAGUUGGCGGAUCAGGUCGUCAACGUUCUCAUCACAGAGUCUAAUGCCAGUGAACUCCGACCACAAUCCCAAGUCCCAGGCCCGCUGAGUAUCGGGAUGCCGACGCCAGGCCCGUCUGCAACGCAGUUUAUGAUCGCUCCUCCGCCUCAACCAACUUCGUUUGGUCACAAAGGUCCGUGGACCGGAGGACGGCUUGAAGACUCCAGUCAGAUGCACAUGAAUGGAGGGCAAGGGCGCGGGUUUCCGAAUGGCUGGAGAGGUAACGGGCAUAGACUAUAUCCCAACCAGAGUCGUGGCCAGCCGAACCGCCGGGGAAGGGGUGGCUACGCGCCCAACGCGUCUCCAGAUCGUCCGUAUACGAGGUCUUCGUAUGGCGCCCCGGGCAAUGACCAUAGGGAAUGGGUUCCGAACGUGGCUAGUAGACGACGAUCGUGGGCCCCCGACCGUGAUCACGAAAGGGGGCAGCCGGUCAGCAGUCAACGACUGUCGUUGGAGGAACGCUUGCAGCCCGCUGACGGACCCAGGGAUCGUUCAACCUCCCCGCCCGUCCCUUCGAGUUCCCGUCAGAAGUCCAGCGAACCCCCGCGGCGAGAGCUAAGCACCUCUUCAAGCCGUGCACCCUCAAGGUCUGUUCGCGAUCAGAGCCGAGAACCUUCUCCGAUGCGAGACAGAGACUCCCCAUCCUGGUCACGAACGCCUGACUCGCCACGGUCUGUGUCGCAGUCGCAUGGAUACUGGGAAGACACGUACGAAAGAGACGAGAAUGACGAUGGCGACGAUAUUAAGCGAUCGUCGCCCCUGUCGAGUUUGUCCUCAUCCUCCGGUUUAAGAGAUGUUCGUAGCCCAGACCCUGGGUACAGCGACACCGAUCGUCGAACCCCGUCUCCUGAACGAUCCUCUAGUUGAUCAAUCCCCCAAAUCCCUAGUGCACUUGCAUGACAACCCCCAAACUACUGAAAUGUGUUUGUUCUAUUCCAAAGCCAUCGUCCUACCGCAUCUAUGAUAUCGGCGACACUGUAUUAUUACGUUGUAGAGUAUGCAUAAGUGUACCAUUACCUCGAUGGUUAUAUCGCGUGGACGCCCCUCCCUCAGUUCGAGUCGUCU